GUUCCCUCUUUUUUUUCACCCAACUCUUAUGCUAAUAAUACCAUCCUACAAAACAAAUUACCGGUACUAUAUUCAUUCAUUAUGAGGAGCCUUUUACUAAAGAAGUGUUUGGUUUCUUGGGGUUUGAUAAUCAUUUUUUCACAAUGGUUUGGCCAUAAUGAAAGUUCAUGUCUUGAGAAGGAAAGAGAGGCUUUGCUUCAACUAAAAGAUUUCUUCAGGUUUAACCUUAUUGGUCACGCCAGUCUCCGGUCUUGGCCCGAGACUGGGGAUUUAGAUUGUUGCACGUGGGAGCGGGUCGGGUGUGAUGCGACCACGGGUCGCGUCACGGAUCUCGGGCUUGACUAUAUCGUCUAUUCUCCACAGAGAUGUCUCAAUGCCUCGAUGUUUAGUCCUUUUGAAGAACUUGUGAACUUGAACCUGGCCCAGAAUAGCCUUAGUUGUUUUGUGGAAGAUGGAGAAUUUACUAAACUCAAGAGCUUAGAGGUGCUAGACUUGAGUGAGAAUCCUUAUGGGGGCCACGUUUCUCCUAGCAUUGGAGAAUUAUCUUCUUUAGUUGCACUCUCAUUAAAAAAGAAUAAUCUCACCGGAAUUUUGCCUAGUCAAGCAGAAUUAUGCAAGUUACGAAACCUUAAAGAGUUGGAUAUGAGCCAUAAUCACUUGCAAGGACUUAUCCCUCCAUGCAUGGGCAACUUCACAUCCCUAAGACUCCUUGACUUGUCCACCAACAAUUUCAAAGGAGAGAUUUCAUUCAUCUUCCCACCCCUCAAAUCCCUUGAAUACAUCAGGCUUGGCAAUAACAAUUUCCAAGGUAAAAUCUCAUUCACAUAUUUAGCCAAUCAUUCCAAUCUCAAGCUUCUUGAAGUACUCAACAAUGGUGACUUGGAGGUUGAAGAUGAAGAUGAUUAUUCAGAUUGGAAAAACCCUAAUUUUCAGUUUGAGGUUUUGGUAUUAUCUGGUUGCCAACUUAACAAUAAGAGGGGUUCUAAAGCCCCCCAGUUUCUUAGGUAUCAGAGCAAGCUAAAGGUACUUGAUAUGUCCCAUAAUAAUUUGAGAGGGGGUUUUCCUACUUGGGUGGUAGAGAAUAAUUCUCAACUCAUGAUUCUGAAUCUUAGAAACAACUCUUUUGAAGAGCCAUUGCGUUUGCGCCCGGAUCUUAAUACGAGCGACAGCGUGUUUUGGAUGGAUUUAUCCGAGAAUCAGUUCUCGGGUAAGCUUCAAGAGGAUGUGGGGAUGGUUUUUCCUCGAAUGAGUUAUUUGAAUUUGUCCACAAACCACUUUGAAGGGGUUUUUCCAUCCUCAUUUUGCAACAUGAGUAGAUUGAGCCAGCUUGACUUGUCCGAAAACUACUUCGGAGGAGAAAUCUGCGACGAAGUCAUUCCAGGCUGUCUCAGUAACUUGUUUGAAUUGGUGUUGUUGUCAAAUGCGUUUCGCGGGGAGGUAUUUUCGGCCCAUUUCAAUAUGACCAAUCUGGCCGUGUUGGAUUUAGGCGACAACAUGUUCUUGAGACCCAUCUCAUCGCGUGGGAUUAGUAGAAGUGAUUCCUUAUACUACUUGGAUGUAAGUAACAAUCAUUUUUCAGGUGACUUGGAGAGCUGGAUAACGAAUUUGACAAAUAUGAAAACCCUCUUCAUUCAAGAAAACACUCUUAACGGUCAUUUCCCGUGUGACAUCCCUAAUAUGUUCCUCCUUGAUGUGUCUUACAACUCGCUCUCUGGGCCGAUACCCUCGUGCAAGUUCAACCUCCAAUACGUACGUGCCAAAUCAAACCAAAUCAACGGGAAAAUACCCGAAACUCUUCUGAACUCAUUAACCAUACACACAUUGGACAUGACCGAAAACAAGUUAUCGGGUAAUCUCCCACCGUUGAUUGGCGCCCCGAACUUGAGGGCUCUUCUAUUGGGUGGAAAUCGAUUAAGCGGCCUGCUCCCGAACCAGCUAUGCGCGCUACGAGAACUAAACAUGGUUGACCUUUCGUGUAACCUCUUCUCAGGCCACAUACCUAAAUGCAUCAAUAAUAUCACAUUCGGGCAACCCGGGCUCUACAACACCAUAUACGAUGACGUAUUCUCCAUAUGGAGUAGCAACGAAGCCGAAAAAGGUGUUGUCACAUACAGGAACAUCUUGUUUCAAGUGUAUGACAUGACGAUGACAAAACAAAUGAACCUAUUUUUGGUGGGAAUGGACUUUGUGACAAAGAAAAAAGUCAACUCUUACAAAGGCGACAUGGUCAACUAUGUGUCCGGUCUCGACCUCUCCUGCAACAGCCUCGGGGGCGAGAUCCCAAGCGAGCUGGGAGAGGUCAAAUGGAUUCAUGCAUUGAAUUUGUCACAUAACCAAAUCAUAGGCCAAAUCCCAACAUCAAUUUCAGGGUUGAGACAAUUGGAGAGUUUGGACCUUUCAUACAACAACCUAAGUGGGAGUCUUCCCUUAGGGCUAGUGGAACUCAACUUCUUGGAGUGUUUCUCUGUGGCGUAUAACAACUUAUCAGGGAGUGUCCCUAAUGUGAAGGACCAGUUUGGAACCUUCGAGAAAAACAGCUAUGAAGGAAACCCCUAUCUUUGCGGCGAACAGACCGGGAAGAAUUGCAGCAGCAGAAAAAACACCGAUGGUGACGAUGAUGAUGAUGAUGAUCGGAUGGUGGAAACAACCUCGGAGAAAUGGUACGAGGAAGUGGACAUGUCAGCUUUUUGGGUAGCUUACAUCAUCUUCUUCUUGGGAGUGUUCAUUUCCAGCUUGUGCUGUUUGAAAUUCAAUGAGAACGGGUGGAGAUUACUUUGGUCACACCAACAAAUUUUUCUUGAUCUCGGGCCCACAACCUGAGACGGAAAAGAUUGAAAAAAGAAAAAAGUAAGUCACAAUGAUUCGAUUUCUUUAGCUUUAUCAAGUGAGAAGAUGUCACCCAGAUAUUCUAUAUAUACACCAAAUGUUAUUGAUCGGUGUAUCAAUCAAUCACUUGUGAUUAU